CUCUUAUUGGUUUCUCCUUCCUUUCUCUUUCUUGUUAAUCUUACAAUUACUUUUUUAUUUGAUUUUUUUUCUUUCGCCUUGGGUGUUCCUGGUUGCCUAUUUAUCUUUCAUUCUUUACAACCACUGAGAUCCCCUCUGUAACCUAGACAAAAAAGAAUGACACAACAAGCCAACUCUCCUCUUACCGCCGAAAAGGUGGCGAACUAUCUGCCUUUGGCCGGUGCGUCUUUCAAGGUCCCUGGACGCAUUAUCCAUGUGACUCAUCAGAUACCUUACAACAUUAUCAAAUCGGCCGAUAUUUCUGAAGCACGCGAGGAUCCUGACCCUGUCAAUCCCGACGCUUCGCUCACAGAAACUGAUGAUGUGGCGGCUGCCCCUGUGUCCAAAUUGGCCCGCCAUCAUCGUCGUGGCAAGACCUUGCGUGCCAAAUUCCGAGCCGCCAACUGGACGGUGGUGCAAAGUCGAGGUCAUAACGCUUUAUAUGCCGGUCUGCAGAGCUUAAGCAAGGACCACGAAACGAUCCAUAUUGGCUGGACAGGACCUAUCCAGAUUGAAGAGACGAAACGGUGUGUGCAGCACGAAGAACUGUCGCUGUUGGAUAAAACCAAACUGGACCAGCUGCUCUGGGAAACAGGCCGUAUCAUUCCCAUCUUUUUGGACAACAAGUCACGCGGUCAUUAUGAGGGAUACUGCAAAGAAGUGUUGUGGCCCCUGUUCCAUUACCUUGUAUGGUCCAAUGUAACCGACGGUCGUGCAGAAAAAGCCAAUUGGGCGGAUUACGUGGCCGUCAAUCGCCAGUUUGCAGAUACCAUCAUUGCCCACUACAAGCACGGCGAUGUCAUCAAUAUCCAUGACUAUCAUUUGUUGCUGGUACCUCAGAUGCUGCGUGAAAAGAUCCCUGACGCCGCCAUCGGCAUCUUUAUUCACGCAACGUUCCCUAGUUCCGAGAUCUUUCGUUGUUUGACCACACGCAAACAAAUUUUGGAAGGCAUGUUGGGUGCUAAUCUCGUGGGUUUCCAGACUUAUUCGUACGCUCGCCAUUUCAUCUCUUCUUGCACGCGUGUGCUUGGUUGUGAAUCAACCCAAGUGGGAGUCAAUGUGAAUGGCCAUAUGGUAUCGGUGGGAACAUUCCCUAUCGGUAUUGAUGCGGAUCGUGUCAACAAAUUCCGCAAGGAACCGGGUGUGUUACCGAAAAUGAAUGCUAUCCGGGACAUGUACGCUGACAAGAAGAUCAUUAUCGGCCGUGAUAAGUUGGAUUCUACCAAGGGGGUGGUGCAAAAGUUGCAUGCGUUUGAAAAGUUCUUGAAAGACUAUCCCGAGUGGCGCAAUAAGGUGGUGCUUAUCCAGGUGACCACCCCUACCACCCACAGUGAUAGAUCCAAGUUGGAAACCAAGGUGUCGGAAAUCAUCAGUCACAUCAAUGGCGUUUACGGUUCGCUUGAAUUCACGCCCAUCCAUCAUUACCACCAGGACAUUGAUCGUGAUGAGUACUAUGCUCUUCUGUCUGUGGCCGAUGUGGGACUCAUUACCAGUGUGCGCGAUGGCAUGAACACCACCUCGCUUGAAUACAUUAUUUGCCAACACGAAAAGCAUGGCCCCUUGAUCCUUUCCGAAUUCACUGGCACCGCCGGUUCCCUGAGCGCUGCGUUGAUGGUCAAUCCUUGGGAUUACGCUGGUGUAGCCCGUGCCCUUAACGAUGCCUUGUCCAUGACAGCAGACGAGAAGCAGGCACGACAUCAACAGCUGUACAACCAUAUUACUCUCCAUUCAGCUGCUUUCUGGGCCGAAUCGUUUGUCAAGCAACUGGUCACCACCACUCAGCAAUUGUCACUGCAAUCCCAUUCCACACCUUCUUUGGACAAGAACAAACUCUUGGAAGCGUACAAGUCCUCCAAGAAGCGUCUGAUCUUCUUUGACUACGAUGGAACCUUGACGCCCAUCGUAUCGGUGCCAUCGGAUGCGGUGCCUUCACCCGAAAUGCUCAAAUCCUUGCAAGCCUUGUGUGAUGAUCCGCGCAACGAAGUGUGGGUGGUGUCUGGCCGGGAUCAAGAUUGCUUAGAUAACUGGUUGGGUAGCGCGGUGAAUCGAUUGGGACUCAGUGCGGAACACGGUUGUUUCCUGAAACCGGCCGGGGCAAAGGAAUGGACGAAUAUCCUGGAUGAUGUGGACAUGAGCUGGCAGCAAGGCGUCACGGAAAUCUUUGACUAUUAUACGGAGCGAACCCAGGGCUCAUUUGUGGAACAUAAGAAAUCGUCCAUCACAUGGCAUUACCGUAUGGCCGACGCAGAGUACGGAGCGUUCCAGGCCAAAGAAUGUCAGAACCAUUUGGAAAAUGCCGUGGUUUCCAAACUGCCCGUCGAGAUCCUGGUGGGAAAGAAGAACCUGGAGGUCCGUCCGCUGUCGAUCAACAAGGGCGAAAUCGUCAAGCGAAUCCUGUCGCAGCGUCCCGAUACCGAUUUCGUACUGUGUGCCGGUGACGAUAAGACGGAUGAAGACAUGUUCCGCACACUCAGUGCUGCGCAUUACGUGUGUGUUCAGCAACAGAUGGAUAAAGAAACUUCCAACACCGGUCUUCUCACGCCUCCAUCAUCCGCUCAACUGUGGAAUCAACCCAAUGCUUCCCUCUUCUCUAUUACAGUUGGACCCCCCGAGAAAAAGACCAUGGCUAACUGGCAUGUGCGCACAAGCCACGAAGUGGUGGAUGCACUUUCGAUGUUGGCAUCCGUAUCCAGUUCUCUUUCUGCUUCCCUUUAAAUUCGUCAUGAUGCUUAUUUUUUUUUUCUCUUCCUCCCACUCGUACCCGCUUGUCCCUCUUAAUAUUCCAUGUGAACUUUAUUGUUUCCUUUCUUUUUUACAUUACCGAUCCUUUUUUUUUUUUUGCUUGUCAUCA